AUGGAAGAAUAUAUUAGGGUUGACACUUGUUCCGUUCGUGAUCGCGUCUUGGGAAGCUGGCUUUGGAAGCACGAUCCGGACCCGGGAGCGGAGUCGGACGAGCUGUCCGCUUUGUUGCAGGUUAUUGCUCCGGUCUCUCUCAGUUCGAGAGAGGAUGGCUGGAAAUGGUUGGGAGAUCCGAAGGGCCUGUUUGCUGUCAACUCGGUUAAAAAGGCUAUGGCUGCAGCCUCUUCGAUUUCGGUCGAGUACGUCCUUGAUUGGAAUAAGUGGGUGCCGAGUAAGUGCAAUCUGUUCGUUUGGAAAGCGGAGAUGGGCAGAAUCCCAACGGCAGACGCUUUAAGUAAAAGAGGGAUGCAGGUGGGUGACGGGCUAUGUCCUCUGUGUAAGUCGGAGGCCGAGUCGGUCGAUCAUUUAUUCACGUCGUGUGUCGUCGCGAUUGUUCUGUGGCAAAAGGUGAGUCUGUGGUGUCGCAUUCCUCCUAUCUUUGCGUUUUCUUUUCAUGAUUUGUUGGAGGUGUACAAGUCAAGCCAUGUCAAAGUUGUCGAGAAACCGGUUAUUCAGGGGAUCAUCUUUUCAGCUAUUUGGUGUUUAUGGAAGGCCCGGAACAAGGCUGUCUUCUCGGGUAUUGAGGCCAAAGUGGAGAGUAUCUUUUGCGACGUUAAGUCCUUUGGGUAUUUGUGGUUCAAGUAUAGAUCUAGUAACAACCAUAUCUCAUGGUUAGAUUGGUGUAAUUUUUCGUUGUUGUAG